CUGCAUGAGGUGAAUCUGACAACACAAUCUUCACAUCUUAACUUGCAUGAAGUGAAUCUGACAAAACAAUCUUCACAUCUUAGCUUGUAUGAAGUGAAUCUGACAAAACAAUCUUCACAUCUUAGCUUGCAUGAAGUGAAUCUGACAACACAAUCUUCCCGUCUUAGCUUGCAUGAAGUGAAUCUGACAACACAAUCUUCACAUCUUAGUUUGCAUGAAGUGAAUCUGACAACACAAUCUUCACAUCUUAGCUUGUAUGAAGGGAAUCUGACAACACCAUCUUCGCAUCUUAGCUUGCAUGAAGUGAGUCUGACAACACAAUCUUCACAUCUGAGCUUGCAUAAAGUGUAUCAUGGUUUCAUAGAUGAGGAAAAGGUGCGCAGCCGGGUGUCAAACAGAAGUUUCAUCAAUAACUAA